GCCGCCGCCGCCCCGGGUCAGGCCGCGGGCGGUCGGCAGCGUGGUUGAUGUCGGGUGUUUUCGUCUGUUCCGCCGGCCAGUCGGUUUUGGGCGGCGGAACUGGGUGUGUCUCUUGAAGUGGUCAAGUCCCGUUACAAUAUAGAGCCAAGCCAGAGAACUGGAGUGUCACGGCGGAGGUCGGCAGAGCAGCGAGUGCUGAGGAUACAACAAAUUGGCGACGAGGGACGUGGUAUACCCCAUUUUCUGUUUUUAUUGUUGUAUGCCUUUGCAUGGUCUGACUCAAGUGAUUGUCGAUAAAUCAAGUUUGCUAUAGCAAGUGCAAUGUAUUGAUGUUUACUGUUGCCUGCCAUUCAAGUAAAGUCCGUUGAAGCCAGGAGUAAUUUUAUCGACAUGUCUUCUCUGCCUGUGCCGCCACCAUAUCAGCCCGGAGAAAAUUUUGAUCGUUGGUUGCGCGGUGUGGAGUAUUAUAUGAUUGCAUCUGGCAUUACUUCUAAUCAAAGAAAAAGUGCCACUGUUCUCACCUUUCUCGGACUUGAAAUUCAAGACGUUGUUCGCACAUUGCCGCAGCCUCCGGAACUGGAUGACGCCGCCACAGAGUACCAAGUCCUCACCGCCAAGCUUCAGGCGUACUACCAGCCACGAGUCAACGCGACGUAUGAGAGGUCUGUUCUUCAUGACAUCUACAGAAAAGACGGUGAGUCAUUCGAGGCAUUUGUCACCCGUCUCCGUCUUCAGGCAGACAGAUGCCAGUUUGACUAUGUUCUGUUGGAGCAAACUGUUCUUCAGUGUGCUGUAGCUCACGCCAGGUCCACUGAGCUGCAGAGGAAAUUUUUUGAUAAACCUGACUUGACUCUGGCACAAGCCCUCGAAAUAGCUCGUCACUUUGAAACCACUCGCUCUCAGCUAGAGGAUUUGAACCGGUCGACUGCAGCUGUACAGUAUGUGACCGCGCCGUGCCAUCGCUGUCUCUCCACGACUCAUGAUGCUUCGGCAUGUCCGUAUCGCACACGAGAAUGUUUCGCUUGUCACCGUGUGGGCCAUUCGCGUGCUGCAUGCCCCCAGCGAGCCCGUCAAGCCGAGCCAAGCCGGAGGAGAGGACAGUCUCGAGCGCCGUCAGCUUCAGCAUCGUCUCCAGCAUCGCGACCUCUCCAGGGGACAGCACAGUCAGGAAACCAGUCCUGCUCUCGCUGUCUCAGCCGCCGUCAUGGUCAGGACGUCUGCCCGUUCCGUGACCAGAUCUGUUACAGAUGCCAGAGGCCGGGUCACACGCGUGUCGCCUGCCAGAACCGCCCAGCUCAGAGCAGCCAGCGCCCGGCUCAGCCUCAGCCCGCCGCCAGCCGACCGUCGCGCCAGCGCCGCGCCCAUUACGUCUCUGGUAGCAGCCCUCCCGCCACAGAGGUGUCUGCUGAUCUUCUGUUCACGGUGAGGUCAUCUGGAUCCGUUCAACCACUGCAUGUUGAAGUGUCCCUGAACGGUAGCCCCGUUACAAUGGAGGUGGACACUGGUGCCAGCUGUUCCAUGAUGAGCCGUGCAGUGUUUGAGAAAGCGUUUCUCCAGUCGGUCCCAGAUCUAGCGCCCUACCGUCGCCGUCUGUACACCUACACAGGUGAAGAGGUCCCUGUAGCUGGUGUAGCUCAAGUUGUUGUCGCCUAUCGUGACCAGUCAGCCCGUCUGCCCCUCAUCAUUGUUGACAAUGACGGUCCUACCUUGAUGGGUCGGGACUGGUUGGCCACGAUCAGGCUGGACUGGCCAGCACUGUUUGGCGGCGCCGCACGUGUUGACUAUGUUGCAGUCCCUGGCCUGGAUCUGGAGAACGAGCUACGGAAGCUCGUGCCGACGUUCCCGGAGCUGUUCAGCCCUGGUCUCGGCAAGUACACGCCCAGACAAGUAUCGCUGCAGGUGGACGACAGCAAGCCGCGCUUCUACAAGCACCGCCCACCACCUUUGGCUCUGAAAGGUCAGAUUGAGGAGGAGUUAGAAAGGCAAGUCAAGUUGGGCAUCCUCGAACCUGUCACCACAUCCCAGUGGGCCGCGCCCAUUGUUCCGGUUAAGAAGAGGGAUGGGUCCAUCAGGCUGUGCGGCAGCUACGACCUGACUGUAAAUGUCGCUUCUGCCCUGGAAACGUAUCCGUUGCCUCGGGUGGAGGAGUUGUUUGCUGUGCUGUCUGGUGGUGCAAAGUUUACCAAAAUUGAUCUCAAGGAGGCAUACUUGCAGCUCGAAUUGGAUGAGCAGAGCCGCAAGUUCACCACGGUCAGUACGCACAAAGGUCUGUUCCAGGCUACGCGGCUGGUCUUCGGAAUCAAGUCCGCGGUAGCCGUGUUCCAGAGGGAGAUGGAGAACCUGCUGGCCGGCAUUCCGCAUACCGCCAUCUACCUGGACGACAUCUGCGUAACCGGACGCACUCCCGCAGAGCAUCUUGCGAACGUCCGUGAGGUUCUGAGACGUCUCGCCGCUGCUGGUCUCAAGAUCAACGCUGAGAAAACGGUCUGGGUAGCAGACGAGGUGCAGUAUCUGGGCCACCGGAUCACAGCCGCCGGCAUCAGACCGUCCGCUGAGAAGGUACGUGCCGUCUCGGAAGCCCGAGAACCAGCGUCCCUGCAGGAGCUGCGCGCAUUCCUGGGUCUGGUGCAGUAUUAUAGCCGCUUCCUUCCCCGCCUGUCUACUGUCGCCGCACCGAUGUAUGAGCUAGAGAAGAAAGAUGUGAAAUGGGCUUGGGGAGAGAGGCAAAAGGUUUCGUUUCAGGAGACGAAGGACCUGCUCGCUGUCGCUCCAGUGCUGGUGCACUACCAGCAAGACAAGCCGCUCGUCCUCACGGCAGAUGCCAGCCCGUACGGAGUAGCCGCCGUGCUCAGCCAUCCGGAUCCGCAGACUGGUGCGGACCAGCCCAUCGCCUUCGCGAGCCGCAGUCUGACGCCAGCCGAGCGCAACUACAGCCAGCUCGACCGUGAGGCGCUCGCGAUCAUCUUCGGGGUGAGCAAGUAUCAUCAGUAUGUAUAUGGUCGGAAGUUUGUGAUUAAGACUGACCAUAAGCCGCUGUUGGGCCUGCUAGCACCUGGUAAAUGUCUGCCAAUGGUUGUCUCGCCCAGGGUGUUACGAUGGAAGCUCACGCUGACUGGGUAUGACUUCGACCUGCAGUUUGUACCGGGUCGAGAGAUCGCCAACGCGGAUGGGCUCAGUCGCCUGCCGCUUCCAGACACGGAUGGAGAGUUUCCCGUUCCGGCCGACGUCGUGAACCUGAUGGAGGAGAUGUCCCACCUGGUGACUGCUCAGCAGCUCGCCAUCGCCACCCGCCGCGAUCCGGUGCUGUCAGCCGUCUACCGGCCCUGGCAGCGUCUGCAUAUAGACUACGCGGGUCCGAUGGAGGGCGGUCACUGGCUGCUGAUCAUAGUCGACAGCUACUCCAAGUGGGUCGACGUGCACAUCACCACGUCGACGUCGGCGGCAGUGACGAUCGACAGACUCCGCCAGACGUUCGCCUGCCACGGCCUGCCACUGGUGCUCGUGUCGGACAACGCCACUGCCUUCGCGUCGUCAGAGUUUAGUGCCUUCUUGAAAGGUAAUGGCAUUAAGCAUUUGUUCAGCCCUCCCCGGCACCCAUCAUCUAAUGGUCAGGCUGAAGCGAUGGUCAAAGUUGUGAAAAAUGCGCUUCGGAAUAGGACCGGCUCUCUGCAAACACGCCUGCACCGUUUCCUGUUGUCGUACCGUACGUCCCCGCACUCGUCAACGGGUCGGUCACCAGCCGAAUUGUUGUUCGGUCGCCCACUGCGUACCCGCUUAGAUGUCUGCAAGCCGAGCCUGCGUGAAACUGUUGAGCUCAAACAGCACGCGUGGAAGAACGCGCGUGACUCGCACUGCACAGACCGGCAGUUCAUGGUUGGUGAUCCUGUGUAUGUAUGUUUGAUUCCAGGCCCCGGCGCCCCAUGGGUGCCAGGCGUCGUCACCGCUGCUGGCGGACAGAUCUGCACCGUUCAACUGGCCGAUGGACGGAUCUUCACGCGCCACCGGGACCACGUCCGGCCUCGCGUGUGCGCGCUGCCGUCCCUCGUGCCGGGUCAGGCCGACCCGGCACAGCCUGUUCCGGAGACUACCACGCCGGCUCACUCUGCUCGCGCACCGAGCGCGCUGGAGGCGCUCUGUGCUGGCGCGCCGGCGGCACAGGACGCGUCCUCUCCGGCGACAGCUACAUCGGAGGUGCACCCCGCUCUGCUGCCCGAGUCGGUGGCAGCUGCGCCGGCUCCUCCGGGGGUGCCCUCUGGGUCAGCACCUGUCGUCCCGCCUGGGGGUGCUGUCGGGACCCGUCGUUCCACGCGCGUGCGUCGGGCGCCCUCGCGUUACAGCGCGUCGUGAUUGCUGACUUGUGUUCUAAAGGUGGAGGAUUGUUGUGAUACGGGCCCGUACCCCCCUCCGUUUGUGAUACGGGCCCGUCCACGUGUUCGUCCCGUUUUCGGUCGCGGUCGCCGGUCGCUUGUCCGCCGCCGCCGCCCCGGGUCAGGCCGCGGGCGGUCGGCAGCGUGGUUGAUGUCGGGUGUUUUCGUCUGUUCCGCCGGCCAGUCGGUUUUGGGCGGCGGAACUGGGUGUGUCUCUUGAAGUGGUCAAGUCCCGUUACAAUAUAGAGCCAAGCCAGAGAACU